AUGGCGGCGGCCGAGGGGUGUCUGCGGGCCGUAGGGCUGCAGUUCUGGGCGGACUCACUGCAGGCGCUGCCUGCCCUGCUGGUCCCCGCCGUGCUGCUGGGGCUGCUGCUGGGCGCCGCCGCCGCCGCCCUGCUCUGCCGCUGCGCGCUCGGGCCGCGCCGGGGCGGAGAGAAAGAUGAUUCUCAAAGACUUCUGGAAAGCUUCAGCACUGAUGAAAAAGAGCCAACACUGAUGGAAAGUAAAGCAGAACCCUAUACAUCAAAAGAGGAAAUGGUGCUGGAGGAAAGUGAGUCUCCUCUGAGCAGUAACAUCGCAGCAUUUGCAUUAAAGGCAAAAGUGAUCUAUCCCAUCAACCAGAAAUUCAGGCCUUUGGCAGAUGGCUCAUCCAAUCCAUCUUUGCAUGAGAAUCCAAAGCAGACAAUUCUGCCUCAUCAAGUGGUGGAGACAUCUAUGUCAGGCAGCCUGGGAUCCCUGAGCCAGGGAGACAAAGAGGACUGUAGUUCCUCCACAUCCAUACAUUCCACAACAAGCGAUGACAGAUUUCAGGCUCGAGCCUUCCUAAAGGUGGCCAGCUUCCCUGAAGUGCUAACAUGUGAGAGUUUUGAUGUUAAGCUCUGCCUUUGCAGUCUUACUUUAAAAGAUCUCAUGCUUCUUGAUACUGAACUCAGAAAAGAAAAACAUGUGAUGUUUACUCAGGUUUUCAAGAUAUACCUCACAGACUUCCAUCGUAGAAAGAAGAUUACUGAUGAUUUCUUGAAGAAGAUCCUUUUAAAUCAGGAAAAUGAUUUUGAAGAAUUACAGAAACAACUUGACUCGAGACUCCAGAAUACUGAAAUGUCAGGAGCCCAUAAUUCAGAGUUCCAGACUCUAGAAGACCUAGAAAGGAGGGAAAGGGAAUAUGCUGAGCACAUCAUAGAUAAUAUGGAAGCCUUCUGGAAGCAGACUGACAAAGCCCAGCAGGAUUUUUUGGACCAAUCAAAAUGCUCAAGUGCCAAAGCAACAAAGAUGAUGACGGAUCUGACUGAGAAGCUGAUUGCAGUAGAAAGCUUUUUAAGUGAAUCUCAAGACUUGCAGGCGAUGGACAUUCAGGAAAGGUUAUUCAACUGGGAGCUUAUGGUGAAAAUGAUUGAUUCACUGAAAUCCUCUAUACCAGAAGAGUGUAAGGGUAGAUUAAAUACUGUGUCAAAUAUUCUGGACCACUUAACUGUAAAGAAUAAUCUUUCAGUCCGUCGAAAGGAAGAACUUCUAACAGAUCUGCAUAAGGCCUUCUGGGAACAGCUGUCACAUUACAGUAAUGAAUGUAUGCAACAAAGUAAAGAUCUGAUCUUGAAACGGCUGGAGUGCCGUGCAAAGAAGAAGGAAGAGUUCAAACACAGAAAGGAAGCUGAACAAGAGAGUCUCCUCAGCAAAACUUUUCUUACUGAAGAUGUUAACAGUUUUCUCAAGGCUUACCACCAGCUGAUAGAGAAACACUGGCGAGCACAGUGGGAUCUGGAGGAGGAGGAUGACUGUGAGAGCACAGAGGCUGUUGCCGAUCUCUACAAGGAGCUGUACUCUAAGGCUUCCCAUGCUUUAGCAGAGUUGGUGACGGAGCUGUUUCUUCAGACCUUGCCUGUGGUGACCAGCCUCUCUUACAGAGAAUGUGAGCUUCUGAAAGAGGAAUGGCAGGAGAAUUUGGUUCCUCAGCUGGAGAAAUGGGAGAACCACCGCCAGAGACGCUGGAAGCUUUUCCAGGAACAGCUAUUGCAAGAAAAAGAACUCUGGAUAACAGAAUAUGCUCUGUCUGCCGUGAUGCAAAAGCACCUGUCAGAGAAACAAGAGAAGAUAAUUCAAGGUGUCGUAAACAGAUUAGGAUGCCUCAGUGAUGAGUCUGUUAGCUAUAUAUUGCAAAAGCACCGACUUCUGCUGUGUUCAGUACUCAGAAGGUUAACGUUCCGAAGAGUUGGAAUGGCAGCCCUGGUGUGCAUGCGACUGUCCAGAAAAAAGAGCUCGCUUCAGGAGCUGAGAGAGCAACAUACCCUGCAGAAGGGAUCCUCCCUGUGCCAAGAUGAGGACCAGUGGCAGCUACAGAAGGCAGUGGAAUCCCACAUUCGUGAAGAGGAGGAGAAGCUUGAGGAAGAAACACAAGAAACCAAUUUAGAAUUUCACCAGCAGCUAGUCACAGAAAUCCAAGAAGCUCUACAGUUUCUUCAGCAGCACAUGGAGCAGGUGAUUGGGCAGACAUUGCUGCAGUAUGCCCGUGGGGAAGCUGAAAGAAAGAGUUCAGAUGAUGGACAGGACUUCAAGGAGAGACUGGUGGAAUCUGCUGUUGAAAGUGUGUAUGGGACCAGCAAUAUCAAUAGACUGGUGCAAAACUACUACCAGCAAUUAGGAAAAAUCACAGAAGGCUAUGAAGAAAAAAAGCUUCAACAUCUGAAAUCCUUUCAAGCAGAAAGAAAUGAAAGGAUCAGACUGAAGAGUAAAGAGAAUGAACUGGCAUUGAAGGAAAAGCACACCAAAGGCCUCCUAAAUGUGUCAUCCACGGUCCAUCAGAGGGUCGUGCUACAGCAAAACAAGAUAUUGGCACAGUUUGAACUGCAGCAACAGUUUCGCCUGGAGUCUCUGAAACAGAAGCUGCUGGGACUGCACCACCUAGGAACGGAGUUGGAGAAUCAGCUAAGGGAAGCAGAGCAGGACUUUGUGCGUGAGUUGGCUGCGCUAACCCGAGUUCCACUUGCUGUGAAGAAGAAGCCUUCCAAAAGGAGCAAGCCAGCAGGUGAAAAAGCAAAUUCCAAAAGACAGACCUUGCAGUCACCUGAACCAGCAGAAAUAGACGAUUCUCAUGAAAAUAUUCAAGAGCCUCAUGGAAUAACUUCUGGCUUAUGCAGAGAGAUGCCACAGAGUUCACAUGAAGGGGAGACUGAACCAAGGAAAAACUCAAAGAUGUUAGAAAAGAAAGGCAGCAGGUAG